CGUAUUAGAAAUUCAUUGUAAUACAUCUUAUUCCGUUGAGCAAACCAAAUUUUUCCGAGUUUUCUUUUGAACAUAUUUGUAUACAUUGUUUCAUUUGAAAAAGUUCGUAAAAUGGGUAAAUUUAAUAAAGAAUUAUUGGUGAAGCUCUUGUGCGAGCUGUUGGCAAGUCUUUUCGUCGAAUUCAUCGGCUGUGCGAUGCCUGUACAGGCUGGAAUGCACUAUGCAUUUAGCUGGGGCGCCGGUGUACUCGCAUCAACUCAAGCAUUUCGAAUUGUGUCUGGUGCACACAUCAAUCCUUGCAUAUCCAUUGCUUCAAUGAUACUGCAGAAUGUGGAAAUUUUAGAUGGAUUUCUCUAUAUACUUAUGCAACUUAUUGGAUCGGCCCUAGGAUAUGGCGUAGCCUAUGGUUUGUAUUUUAAGAAGGGCAUGUCUACGAAAUUUUGUGUGACAGUGGUGCGCAUCGAUCCCUGGUGGAAAUCGAUUCUAUUGGAGUUUUAUAUGACCGGUGCUUGGGUGUUCGCCAUGUGCGCCUCGUGGCACACGAGCAACGAGAAACUGCUGGAGUCGAUAUCGUUGCGCAUUGGACUAGUCGUUGUUGCCGCGACUCUUGUUGGAACGGAGGCCACCGGCGCCUCCAUGAAUCCGUUCCGAUCUCUCUGGCCAGCAGUUGUUGCCCAGUAUUGGGAUUAUAUCUGGAUCUAUUUGGUUAUACCACCGGUUACGGCCGCUCUGCUGGGAGUUUGCUGGCGAUUCCUCUACCUGCAAGGCAAGGAUGAAUCUAAAGCUGAAGAGUAGAUGAAACCCCAGUUUUUUCGGCUAAUCUCAUCAUCUUGGUCUACUGCUUAUUAUCAAGUCGUCAAAUUAAAGUGAAAAGUUUAGAUCAUUCUAAAUUGUAGUCUCGAAAAUGUCAGAUAUAUUUAAUAAAAAUUUGUUUACGGUUGCAA